AUGUCAUCAUUUACCACCACCAAUGAAGAUUUAUAUGCUCACGGGCGAAGGCUUCAUCACAUCCUUCAAUCGUACAGGGGCGAUAGCCCUGAAAGACAAUUUGCUUGGGACAAGUGGAUUGAAUUCAACAGAAAGCAUCCAUUUGUCGCCAAGGAAGUGUCAACUCAGAGCGACAUUGCAAGCGACGACCCUCUCCGUCCCUGGAACGAGGCAGAGGAACAUCAGAUGUACGUUGAUAAAACCCACUGGAACUCGUUUCUUCGGGGUUGCGCCAUAGGUGCAGGGUUUCGAAUCGAGAUAGAAACCAUCGUCACCUUUAUGCGUUCUCAAUAUGUGCAUAUGUGGAGGAACAAAAGCCAAUAUGGUGAAACUUAUCUAGUAGGAUGGGCCAUCCACCACAUGCCACGCCCGAUAUCUGAAUUUCUCAAAUGGUCCAUCAGCCAAGAGGAGACAGAGGAGCAGAAAUGCGAGUGGACAAUCAAUGGCUUUGAGCAACAUCUUCUCACCUGGGCUGCACUCUUCGAGAGCAACUUGGCACAGAAGUACUAUACGCAGUGUCGGGGCUACGAAGACCGCCGGUACUACUACAAUUCACAAACCGACCGCAUAGAGCAAGAGUUGUACAUCAGUCAGCCUCGCACCGGUGGGGGACCUAUUGCACACUUCCUCUACUCGAGAGCAGACCAUCGUCGCUGGGCUUACCAGAUGUUCAAAACAAUCUGGCGGUGCGGCUUCGAAGACUGGGCCGUUCGAGAUGGCGGCGUAAAUGUCCCCCUGGACACGGUGAUGAGUGGAUAG